GAUUUCACGUCCGGCCUGGCUGUUGUGUUUGGAAGGGGAGAGGGGUGGAGGGAGAAGAAGCAGAAUAAAGAGUGGGGGGGCACGAGGCGGCGGUGGCGGAAGAGACCAGCUCGGAGCCGCAGCGCGCACCCUCUGCCAGCCCGCUCCCAGCAGAAGGCUUCAGAUCAAAAGCUCAGCCAUGAAAGAUCCAAGUCGCAGCAGUACUAGCCCAAGCAUCAUCAACGAUGAUGUGAUUAUUAACGGUCACUCUCACGAAGACGACAAUCCAUUUGCUGAGUACAUGUGGAUGGAGAAUGAAGAGGAGUUUAACAGGCAGAUUGAAGAGGAAUUGUGGGAAGAAGAAUUUAUUGAGCGUUGUUUCCAGGAAAUGCUGGAAGAGGAGGAAGAACACGAGUGGUUUAUUCCAGCUCGGGACCUCCCACAAACAAUGGAUCAAAUCCAGGACCAGUUUAAUGACCUCGUUAUCAGUGACAGCUCAUCACUGGAGGAUCUGGUGGUCAAGAGUAAUCUGAAUCCAAACGCAAAGGAGUUUGUUCCUGGGGUGAAGUACUAAAUAUUUGAGUAGACUGGGCCCUCUUUUGGUGGAUGUAGCACAAUUUCCACACUGUGAAGCCAGUAUUAGAAGAUUUAAUUGUAAAAGCUCUCUUCUCGUCACUGUGUUACACUUAUGCAUUGCCAAAGUUCUGUUAGUCUUGCAUGCUUAAUAAAAGUGCUGAGACUGUUAUUAAGUAAAAAGCUGUCAAAAGUUUAAUGAAAACAUAAUUGGACCCUGGCUUUCUGUGAAGGAGACAGUGAGGUAAGAAGCACCAGUCAAGUUGAGACAAUGUACCAAAUUUAUGAAAACCUCUUGCAGACUCUGUCUUUUUAACAGGAUUUAGGAUUUGACUAAGGAUGGUCUGUUA